AUGUUUAUCUGUCAAUAUUAUGUGAACCCUGGUUCGAUAUUUCCAUGGAUUUUAGGUUAAUAAAUAUGUUUAAAUUAUAUUAAUAUAUAUUGAUGGAAAAAUGCAAAAAACAUCAAAUGCGCGUGUUACUUUCAAUACAAAACUCUUGAAAAAAUUAGUUAAACAAGAAAACUCGGGAGUAGAAGUACAUACCACGAUUCAACAUUUAGCUAUAUAUCCACAUCAAUUAAAUAAUUUUACAGAAUCAGUUAAAGGACUCUUGAAUUCUAAAAUAGCUAAAUAUAAUAAGACGUUUAAUGGUAUUCUUUUAGGCUACCAAAAUAUAAAAUUGUUAACAGAUGGAGGAGUUAUACAUGAAGAUUCUUGUUUCAUACACUUCGAUAUUCAAGCCAACUUCUAUAUAUUUAAACCUGAAAUAGGAAAAAUAAUGAAUGGUAUGGUAAAUAGAAAAAGCCGUGAUCAUAUUGGUGUUCUAGUGUAUGAAGCAUUUAAUGUUUCCAUACCGAUCAAAAUGGAAGAAGACGAGGAAAAUACAGAGAAUUCUAUUAAAAUUGGCGACAAUGUAACAUUUCAGAUAACCUAUAUAAAUCUGGCAUCAGUUUUACCUUAUAUUCGUGGUAAAUUGAUAUCUGAACAAGAUGUGAAUAUACCAAAUACACCUAAAGUGAAGAAAAAGAAGAAAAAAUCCAAGAUUAAAGAAGAACCGAUAGAAUAUGAAGAAUUAUGACUAAAUAAAGUGUGAAUAAAAUUUUUAAUAAAAA